UUUUUUUUCUUUUUGGGGGAAUAAUUUGGAAGAACGAUUGUGAAAUAAAAUCAAGAAGGAUUAGACAUUAAGCGACUGUUGGAGGGAGGCCGUGUGUAAAGGUUCCAAGCCAGUUUGUUUUCAGCCAAUUAUCCACAUACCAAACCCCGGCGAUACGAUACUCGGUCAGAGACAAGAUUGUUAGGGUUUUUGCCCCUUUCCUCAGUUCCUCCAGCCUCUUUCGUCGCUGCCUUUUUACGGCCGUUUCUCCGCCGCAGAUUCCGUGGCUCCCCCUCCUUCAGGUAACCCUUUUUUGUGCUUUUGUGGGUGUGAACGGUGUGCAACAGUUGGUUGGAAAUGCAAGAUCCAAGGAUGCUACAGUCUGAGGAAAACUUGAAUCUAAAGAUACGGAAAAAGAAAAUCUCAACCCAAAAGACGUCUUUGUUUCAUUUACAAGGAAAUGAUGUCAAAGAGGUUCAUGGGGGACAGGGGUCUUUGUCACUGAAAACGGGGCCGAAAACCUCUAAGAGAAACUUGAAGAAUGAGGUUUCACCAUUGUCCCAGCAACCAGAGAGAUCAAACUCCGAUUCAUUGCCUGAUUCUUCUACAUCUGGAGGUGAGUACCGAGCAUUGAGACGGAAGUAUUUGUUGCUCGAAGAAGAGAGCUUUGCACUGGGGGGAGAGCUGAGAGAGAUUGAAGACGAGGUUAAGACCCUUGAAGAUGAGAAGCUUGUGCUGUUGGACCAGCUUGUUGUGUUAGAAGGCCUACUUGAUCCUUCAGAGUUGCAGUCUUAGAUGUUGUACAUACCUUGGCCUAAUCCCUUUACAUCGAUAACAAUUACCUUGAUACUCUGCUUUUAUUAAUAGUAAUGUUCAAAGAUGAAAGAGUAGGUCGAGAGUUGACCACUUUCUGUAAGUUCCUAAUUCUCUGUAUUGUUUUUAAUCAUCAAAUAUGAGAUCCUAACAAAGUUGAAGGAC